CCACGCACACACACUGUCGCGCUUUCGGUUUAAAUGCCUAUCAUUUCAUUCCCCCAUAGAAAGAAGCUACUUUCGUGCUUCUUGGUGCUGUUUUUAAUCCGAAUAUUAUUUAUGCGAGUGACCGCUGCAAUGCACUGAACCUUGUUUACCAAGCAGGUGGAUGUGACGUCACGGACCUGGGAGAUCAAAACAACAACAUUUAAAUCGGCGCUUGUCCCCGCUUUUCUUCCUCUUUUUUUGCGUUUUCAUACCUUUGUAACAACGCUCAGGAAGGAGCGCGGGUCUUUUUCAACGACGUCCCCCCUGGACGACAAACUUUUUAACCCCCCCCCCCCCUCCACCCCCUUACAUACGCGAAGUUGGGCGUCAAGUUAGUUCAUGCCCGGCCACCGUUACCAAAAAGCCCUGGCGGAGUAAUCUUGUUGGUGUUUACGGUGUGAUCCGUGUCGCACGCUGUAUCUGUACACAAGCUGGCGCGCAGCCGACAAAGUUGUGUUCAUCCGCGUACGGCUCGCUGCUCAAAAGCGACUCGCAUCAUGUGGAGGGUGCAUUCGGCCAUCGCUCCAAGAGAAGAUUGCUUUGAAUAAGAGACCUCGUCAAUAAGUUUUGAAGUCAUGAUGCAAGAAUCUGGUGGAACGGCGACGACAAGUAACGGUGCGUUUCAUCAAAACGGAAGCGCCGGCGCGGAGAAGGAAGCCAAAGAAGGAGAAGGCAAGAGCGCGACGCCCUCGGCCCAAGCGACCGCGGCCGAUCUGACGCAUCUCCAGCAGCGCCAGACUCUCCAGGUCGCUCGGCAGUUACUUCUGCAGCAGCGGUUUCAGCAAAACACCGGCCGCAAAUCCCCCAAAGCAAACGACAAGGACCAAAGCCUGCAGGUUCCAGUGUCAGUGGCUAUGAUGACACCUCAAGUGAUAACUCCUCAGCAGAUGCAGCAGAUCCUUCAGCAGCAAGUCCUGAGCCCUCAGCAGCUCCAGGUUCUUCUCCAGCAGCAGCAGGCCCUCAUGUUACAGCAGCAGCAACUCCAGGAUUUCUACAAGAAGCAGCAGGAACAGCUCCACCUCCAGCUCCUCCAGCAGCAUGGAGGCAGCAAGCAGAAUAAAGAGCAGCAGGUGUCAGCGCAGCAGUUGGCCUUCCAGCAGCAGCUUCUCCAGGUCCAGCAGGUCCAGCAGCAACAUCUGCUCAAUCUUCAGCGCCAAGGGCUGCUCACCAUUCAACCCGGACAAACGGGCCUGCCGCUGCAGUCGCUCGCGCACGGCAUGAUUCCUGCAGAGCUGCAACAGCUAUGGAAGGAGGUAACCGCCGCCCAUGUCAAGGAGGAGCACAACGGCAGCAACAAUGGCCACCGGGGCCUCGAUCUCUCCUCCCCGGCCCCACCAAAGAACCCUCUCCACAACCAGCACCCCCCCACCAAUGGGCAGUACAUCAGUCAUAAGAGAGAAAUAUCCACCGUCGAAGACUGCCACCCCCACAGCCAUCCUCUCUACGGUCACGGCGUUUGCAAGUGGCCGGGAUGUGAAGCCGUCUUUGAUGAUUUCCAUUCAUUCUUGAAGCAUCUUAACAAUGAACACGCUUUGGAUGACAGGAGCACCGCCCAGUGUCGGGUGCAAAUGCAGGUCGUACAACAGCUGGAACUGCAGCUAGCGAAAGACAAAGAGCGUCUUCAAGCAAUGAUGACACACCUUCACGUUAAAUCGACAGAGCCCAAAGCCACGCCACAGCCGCUCAACUUGGUGUCCAACAUUACAUUGUCAAAGUCCAACCCUCCCGAAGCCUCUCCUCCACUGAGCCUGGCCCAAACCCCCACCACACCCACGGCGCCGCUCACGCCCCUGUCGCAGACUCACUCUGUCAUCACAGCCAACAACCUCCACAGCAUGGGCCCCCUGCGACGGCGUUACUCGGAAAAAUACAACAUGCCCAUCUCCCCAGAUCUCAGUCAGAACAAAGAAUUUUACAUGAACGCAGAUGUUCGACCACCAUUCACGUACGCCUCAUUAAUAAGACAGGCGAUCCUCGAAUCUCCAGAAAAGCAGCUAACACUAAACGAAAUCUACAACUGGUUCACACGAAUGUUUGCAUACUUUCGCCGCAACGCGGCAACGUGGAAGAAUGCAGUCCGGCAUAAUCUUAGUCUACACAAGUGUUUUGUGCGAGUAGAAAACGUAAAAGGGGCUGUGUGGACAGUGGACGAAAUAGAGUUCCAAAAGAGACGGCCCCAAAAGAUCAGUGGAAGUCCGGCCUUGGUGAAGAACAUUCACACGAGCUUGAGCUACGGGCCGACCCUCUCCGCCGCAUUCCAGGCUUCGAUGGCAGAGAACAACAUACCUCUAUACACAACCGCUUCCAUUGGAAGUCCCACCUUCAACUCCCUGGCAAACGCCAUCCGUGAAGAGAUGAACGGAGCGAUGGACCACGGUAACAGCAACGGCAGCGACAGCAGCCCCGGACGCUCGCCGCCGCCAGCUAUGCACCACGCCAGCAUCAAAGAGGAACCACUGGACCCCGAGGACCACGACGGACCGCUCUCCCUGGUUACGACUGUCAACCACAGUCCCGAUUUCGACCGGCACAGAGAUUACGACGACGACGACGACGACGAGCGGGGCCAUGACGACAUGCUGUGAAGUUUGGCGCGUCCGUCCGGGAGACAAACAAUGGACGGCAAAUCUCAAGAGCGCCGAUGGCCACCGUUGCCAAGUAUCUUUUGAGUAGUGCCAUAAAAAAAAAAACAAAACAAAAAAAAACAACAACAACAACAAAAAACCUUCAACACACAAAACAUCCCACGAGUGGGUUCCUUUUUCACCCCCCCCCCCCCCCGACAUUGGAUCGGCGUAAAAAAACAGACGACGUUGAUUUUUGACUUUUGAAGACGGACGAAUGGGCUCGGUACGUUGGCGACGCGCUUGCCUCACAGAUGAGAGGUCAGAAAAGGGGGACAAGAGACCCCCUCUCCACGCAGCCAGGAUGGCGGACUGUGACAGGGUUACAUCUGCACACCCCCCCACCCCCACCCUCCGCCCCCACCCACCAUCCCCACAACAUGCCCGUCUCACGGCACAUAUUUUGACAGAGACUUGACUGACGUGUCAUUUCGGGGGGGGGGGGGAUUUGCUUUCACUGCCUUCAAUACAUCGCAACGAGUCCUUCUACUGUGAGAGAGGUUUGUUUUGUUUUCUUGGUUGGGGGGGGGGCGGUUUGAUCAGGACGAUGUCUUUCCAUCAGCCAAUGCUGUUAUUGAUGUUGUCUUUUUUUUUUUUGAUGGUUUUUUUUUUUAUGUUGUCUUUUCUCGAAACUCAUCAGACCUCAUGUCCAUGCUGUGGAGAUUGCGCGUGUGUUCGGCACUAGAUGAUGAAUGUUUAUAAUUUCCUCUGAUGUUCUUUCGAAGAGAAAAAAAAAGCAGAAUGUCUGACACGGUGUAUCAUUUUUUUUUUUUAAUCAUUUAAAGAAAAAAAAUUGUAGCCUGAGCGUUUCCCCCCCUUGGCCUCCCCCCCCCCCCCCCCCCAUCAUGAAGUCCACCAGCGAGGCAGCAUUCCGAUGAUGACGGCGCUCUCUAUGCAUCAAUGAAGUUUCAUUGAACCUUUGAAUACAUGAGCGCGAAAUUACACCGGUUUGGACGCAUCCUUACAACGUUUCACUUUCAAAAUGGCCGAGCACGUUGAGCCGCAAGGCGAUUUCUGAUCACUUCCAAGCAGCAGGCAGUUUCAUCGGAAGGGGGUGAGGGGGGGAUGGCAGGUGUGCCACCAGCCAGAUCAAAAUUCAGACUAAUUCCGGAACACGCUUGAUGAUUCUAACUUGGGUCCAUCUUAAAGAUAAAGAUUCAUUCAUUCAUUCAUUCAUCUUCCGUACCGCUUGAUCCUCACUAGGGUCGCGGGGGGUGCUGGAGCCUAUCCCAGCUAGGC